ACCAAAAUUCCAAAAAACCAAUGGGCUGAAAGAGACCCUGAACUAUGCGGCGCAAUAUUUCGCGUAGAUUCGGUCCAGUAUCAGCCCAUCUAUGGCGGAUGAAGGACCGCGAAUCGGAGAAAGGCCAGAACAGACGAGAGCAGGAGGACGGAGAGCGCCGGCGAGGAGGCAUGGAGCCAGACAAGGCCGGGGAGGCAGCGAAGGAGCCGACGGAAACGGAGGCUGGAGACUCCGUGGAUCCCCGCGAACUAGUGUCCAGCGACGACGAGAUCGACUACUCCGUCGAGCCUGAUUUCUACGACCCCGACCUAGAUGACGUCGAUGAGCGGUGGGUGAGCAGACAGAGGAAAGGCCGCACAUCUGACGCCGUGCUUAGCUGCCCCGCCUGUUUCACUACCCUGUGCUUGGAUUGCCAGAGGCAUGAGAAGUACGUAAACCAGUACCGUGCGAUGUUCGUUCGCAACUGCAAGAUCAAGACUGACCAGGUCCUGCGAGAGGGCAAGAGCAAGAGGAAGAAACGCAGAGGAGGAAGGGCUGGUGAUCCAGCUGCCGCAUCUGAAGGCGAAAGCAAGGGGCAGUCCUACCACCCCGUCUGCUGCGAGGUCUGCUCAACCGAGGUUGGAGUGUUGGACGAGGACGAGGUGUACCACUUCUUUAACGUGAUCCCUAGCAACUCCUGAAUGCCGUGAACUGUUGCUCUGUAGGAGUGGUACGUUCGUAGUCGUAGACCCCACCACCAUAUACGCAAGCUUCUGCGCUACGCCAUCUGUCUCUUAUCGCUGAUCAGCCUGUACAUCGGGUAUGUAUCUUUACGGAUGUUUUGUUUCUGCAGCAUGAUGCGGUUUUGAAAGGGGGUCUCCGCGAGCUCUAGCUGUGAUGGCUCUUUGUUGGUGGCCAGCCUGAUCUUUGUCCUGAUUGGACGUGUUCAUGCUUGCUCUAGCAGCAAUGAAUGAUUGUUGGAUGAGGUGUCAGGUGUGUAUGAUGCUGCUAAACAUAUCCCACAUG